CUGGGCAGCCCCGCGCGCCGUGCGUGUCCGGAACCCGCGGGGCGGCGACCGCUCGAAUCUCCCCGGGGUGCCCACCCCCGGCAGCAAUGCCAGGAUGCCCAUCUCCACCUCCCUCCGCCAGGAUGGCAGCCAGGAGCGGCCGGUGAGCCUGACCUCCACCACCUCCUCGUCGGGCUCCUCCUGUGACAGCCGCAGUGCCAUGGAGACCAAUGGCUCCGAGGCUUCCGCCAAGAAUGGGGCCAGCUCCCCACGAGGCCGGCAUGCCCCCAACAGCAACAACAACUCCAGUGGCUGGCUGAACAUGAAGGGGUCCCUAUCCCCAUUCAGCAGCCGGGUGGCAGCAGGGCCCGCACAUAAGCUCAGCUACCUGGGCCGGGUGGUGCGGGAGAUCGUGGAGACUGAGCGCAUGUACGUGCAGGACCUGCGCAGCAUCGUCGAGGACUACCUCUUGAAGAUCAUCGAUACACCUGGGCUGCUGAAGCCAGAGCAAGUCAGUGCCCUCUUCGGGAACAUAGAAAACAUCUAUGCACUGAACAGCCAGCUACUCAGAGACCUGGACAGCUGCAAUAAUGACCCUGUGGCUGUGGCCAGCUGCUUUGUGGAAAGGAGCCAAGAAUUUGAUAUCUACACCCAGUAUUGCAACAACUACCCCAACUCAGUGGCUGCCCUGACAGAGUGUAUGCAGGACAAGCAACAGGCCAAGUUCUUCCGGGACCGGCAGGAGCUGCUGCAGCACUCACUGCCCUUGGGCUCCUACCUGCUGAAGCCAGUCCAGCGCAUCCUCAAGUACCACCUGCUGCUCCAGGAAAUUGCCAAACACUUUGAUGAAGAAGAGGAUGGCUUCGAGGUGGUGGAGGAUGCCAUUGACACCAUGACCUGUGUGGCCUGGUACAUUAAUGACAUGAAGAGGCGGCAUGAGCAUGCGGUCCGGCUCCAGGUGCUCUGGGCUGAAGAUCCCAAUCGGUACCGCUACAGCCCAGAGCGGCUAAAGAAGGCUUGGACCUCUCAGGACGAGGUGUCUGCCCAUGUGCGCCAGGGGCGCCGGCAAUCUGAGCCAUCCAGACACUUGCUUAAGCAACUAAAUGAAAAAGCCAGAGCAACAGGAAUGAAGCAUGCAGGCAGCACUGGCACCCUGCUGGACUUUAGGCAGCACCCCCGUACCCGGGGCCCGCAGCCAGAAGCUGAAGGGGCUUCCCAGGAGGAGCAAGAGGAAGAGGAGGAGGUGGUGGAGGAGGAAGAGCAGGCCUUUCAGGUCUCUCUGGAGGACCUGGCAGGGCAUGAAGGCAGCGAGAAGGGGGCCAGGCUGGAGUCCCCAGGCUCGGAGGAGGAGGAGGAGAGCCUGGCAGUGGCGGAGCAGGGGAAGGGGCGCACAGAGUCUGAAGGCCCCAAGAGCUGCAGAAGUCCCAGCAGCCGGUCUCCAACCAGUGCUGAGAAGCGCUUGAGCUUCGAGUCUAUCUCUUCUGUGCCAGAGGUUGAGGCAGACCCUGAGCUGGGGACUGAGCAGGAAGUAUUCGCUGCUGUGGAAGGUCCUAGCACCGAGGAGAUGCCUUCAGACACAAAGUCUCCAAAAGUCUUGGAAACACAGAUGGAUGCCCACCAGGGGCUGCUGGGGAUGGACCACCCAGGUGAGAUGGUGGACUUUGUGGUGGCUGAGAGCACUGAGGACCUUAAGGCCCUGAGCAGUGAGGAGGAAGAGGAAAUGGGGGCUGUCCCGGAGCCUGAGAGCCUCCUGCCCCCCUCUGUGCUGGACCAGGCCAGCGUCAUUGCUGAACGGUUCGUCAGCAGCUUCUCUCGGCGGAGCAGCUUGGCACUGGAGGAUGGCAAGUCCGGUGGCUUUGGGACCCCGCUGCGGGUCAGUCGGAGUAGUAGUGUGCUCAGCCUGGAGGGCAGUGAGAAAGGCCCAGCCUGGCCCGGCAGCACCACAGACUCCCUCAGCAUUCAGCUCCCCCCAGAAGUGGACAUCAGCAUGGGGGUGGCCACAGAGAGUGGCCCUUCUGUUAAUGGGACAGAGCCCCCAAGCCCAGGCUGCCUGGUGGAGCCCAACAGGUCUUCCUGCAAGAAGAAGGAAUCUCUGCUCUCCACCCGAGACCGGCAGUUACUGGACAAAAUUAAGAGCUACUAUGAAAACGCAGAACACCAUGAUGCAGGCUUUAGUGUCCGGCGCCGGGAGAGCCUCUCCUACAUCCCCAAGGGACUGGUGAGAAACUCGGUCUCCAGGUUCAACAGCCUGCCCAGGCCAGACCCGGAGCCGAAGGCUCCAGUGGAGCACAAGAGACAGGUGGGCUCCCGGCCAGCUUCGUGGGCCCUGUUUGACCUCCCAGGACCACGCCAGGCAGACCCAGGGGACCCAGCUCCCAUCACAGAUGCUGAGUUCCGCCCUUCUUCGGAAAUUGUGAAGAUCUGGGAGGGAAUGGAGUCUUCUGGGGGAAGCCCUCGGAAGGGGCCAGGUCAAGGCCAGGCCAAUGGCUUUGACCUGCAUGAGCCACUCUUCAUCCUGGAGGAUCACGAGCUGGGGGCCAUCACAGAGGAGUCGGCCACCGCCUCCCCAGAAAGCGCCUCCCCCACCGAGCGGCCCAGCCCAGCCCACCUGGCCCGGGAGCUGAAAGAGCUGGUAAAGGAGCUGAGCAGCGGUGCCCAGGGGGAGCUGGUGGCCCCGCUGCACCCCCGCAUCGUGCAGCUCUCCCACGUGAUGGACAGCCAUGUGAGUGAGCGCGUCAAGAACAGGGUCUACCAGCUGGCCCGCCAAUACAGCCUCCGCAUCAAGAGCAACAAGUCGGGGAUGGCCAGGCCACCACUGCAGUGGGAAAAGGAGGCUCCCGAGAGGGACCGGAAGAGCCUUACCACUCCCUGCCUACAGGAGGCUGGAGAGCCACCAAGUGGCAAAGGCAGGAGAAAGCCAGUGCUGUCCCUCCUCACCUAUGAGCAGCUGAUGGUCCAGGAGCACAGCCCCCAUAAGCUCUCCUCAGCUGGGGACAUCUCGCCACGGCGUUUCUCCUUUAGCCCUUCUGCUACCAGCCCGAGGACCACCUCGCCUGGGGCCCGGUCCCGCACCCGAAGUCCGCUCAGCCCCCUUGACACUGAGACCUUCAACUGGCCUGACGUCCGGGAGCUCUGCUCCAAGUACGCCUCCCAGGAUGAGGUGCUGCCGGCCAAGGCCAGCCGGCCCCGUGGCCCACCUGUCAAUCGGAGCCGCUCGGUGCCUGAGAACAUGGUGGAGCCUCCUCUUUCAGGCAGGGUGAGCCGCUGCUGCAGCCUGAGCACCAAAAGGGGCCAGGGAGGCAGAGAGGCUGCACAGCCCCAGCCUCCCGGGUCGCUGCCCCAAAGCGGGCUGGUCGGAGGCGAGACCCUGUAUGUCACUGCAGACCUCACCCUGGAGGAUGACCGGCGGGUGAUCAUCAUGGAGAAGAGGCCUCUGCCAGGCCCCACAGUGGGGCUGGAGGAGAAGGGCAGUGGGCAGGGACCAGGCUUGCAGGAGGCCCUGGCUGGGCAAAGCCAAGAUUCCCAGGAGUCUUCAGAAUUUCGGCUGAAGGAAGAGGGUCCCAAGGACCCAGCAGACCUGAGCCAGCAGGGCAGAGUGAGAAACCUGAGGGACAGGUUCCAGACCUUGAACUCUAUAGGUUGACUCUGCCUCCUGGGGGAAGGAUGAGCCAUGUUGGGGGAUGAGGAGGAGCCCGGCCUAGCUCCCCAAAACUUGGGCUCAUGUGACCCUUUGCCCGAGGCCCUCAGGAAGGCCACUCCCACUCUCCUGGAAGAAUGCUCCACUGUGCAGGUGGACUCACCUGCCUGUGUCAUGUGCUGGCACUCCCCUGGGGCUUGUGACAAUUUUAUGUAGGCCCAGAUGAGCCCCUCUUCUCCUCUGAGGCCAGUGUGGCCACUUUCCUUGUAAAUAGUUCUUUUCUGGUAAGAAGCCAAAUAUUUAAGCUCACCUCUUCCCAGGGGGAGCAAGCACUGCUCAGGCCUCCAGCACUGGGUGGCCACUGCCAGACUGAGUGGCCCACCCCAGGAGACGCGUGGAGUGGCCUGGGGAGGCUUUGCUCUUGAACUGUGCCUUUUCUUAGGCUCCAGGCAGGAAUAAGGCUGAUAAUUUAUUGCUUUCCAUUCUGUGGUGUGUGUGUGUGUGUGUGUGUGUGUGU